AUGCUCUUAGUCACCAAAUUUGUAGCCUUCUUGAGGCUUCCCAUACCCAUUCAGCGCACCUUUGACAGCCUGCAGACUUGUCCUGAAUCACAUGUCCUAUUUCCGGACCAUCCAGAUACCUGUCCUACUAGUACUACCCAUUCCCCCAAGCAUUGGGACCCAAAAGCAACACCAUAUCCUCAUGCUCGCAGGUAUUCAAACUCAUCGGACGUUUUCCAUAGUAAGCAGAAUGGAUCGGUCACCAUCCCAGACCCUUACGGCUGGCUAGACACACCGUCGAAGGAGAGCAAAGAGACGCAGCAAUUUGUCACCAGGCAACAAGCCUUGGCAAAAGAUUACCUGAGCAAAUACUCCCAUCGAGAAUUCCUCCACGAGACACUGACAAAGACUUGGAACUAUGCAAUGAUCACUUGUCCAUUUCUGGACCCGGACGGAUACUUCUACUUCUACUUCAAAACAGGCCCAAAAUCCCAAUCGAUCCUCUAUCGCGUCAAAAAAGGAGAAGAGGAGGAAGCAUAUAGGCGUAAUACUGACCCCAAACAACCUGUGGGGGAGCUCUUCCUUGAUCCCAACCUGUUCUCUAUUGACGGCACCGCCGAACUCACUUUCGCGGCCAGUUCCGGGACGGGCACCUACGUAGCCUAUGCAGUCUCCGGCUCUGGGGACGAUUCAACUAUCUAUGUCCGUCGCACCGACAGCCCCCAUACCAAAUCUGCUGCUGAUGGCGGCAAAAGAGGUGAGGACCUGGGGCGGAUGAAGGAUACGAUCAAGAAUGUCAAAUCCAGUAAAAUUGAGUGGAUGAACAACGAUUCCGGUUUCUUCUAUUCACGAUUUCCUGACCCACUGUCCAAAGCUGCUGGGCCCGGUGCGAAUCAUCAAGGAAAACUCUACUUUCACAGAAUUGGAGAGCCACAGAGUAAAGAUCUAUUGAUAUUAACGGACCCGGAUAAUCCAUCCUACUCGUGGGAACCUGCAGUUUCGGAUGACGGGAAUUACCUCAUCGUGACGAGCGGAAGGCGCGCCGACGACUCAAAUCGAGUCUGGGUUGCCGAUCUGAACUCCCAGCCUCUGUCGAGUGAGAUGAAGUGGCACAAAGUUGUCAAUGAAUUUGGAAACCAGUACUCCUUCGUUACAAAUGACGACAGUCUACUGUAUUUCCUGACCAACAAGGAUGCACCCAAGUGCAAAGUGGUGACGUAUGACUUGAGUAAGCCGCAAGAAGGGUUCAAAGACUUGCUCCGUGAGGAUCCCAAUGCAGUUCUGGAGGGUUUUUAUCCCAUCAAUAACAACCUGGCUAUUCUGGGCUAUUCACAAGACGCCAAAUCUGUAACAUACCUUCAUGAGCUCCAGUCGGGAAAGAGGAUCAAACAAAUUGGCGAGGAUCUGAUUGGUAGCGUCGACGGCGUCUCCGGUAGGCGAAACCACAACGAGUUCUUCAUCCAGAUGACUAGCCUCUUGAGUCCCGCCACGAUCUACCGCUACCGUUUUAAUUCUGAAGAGGAUCGCAGUCCGACGCGGGUCGAAUUCAGAAGGACUCCCAUUUCUGGAUGGAAUCCCGACGAUUUUGUCUCAAAACAAGUCUUCUAUGAAUCAAAGGAUGGGACCAAAGUGCCGAUGUUCAUCGUUCACAGGAAAGAUUUCAAGCAAGACGGUACUGCACCGGAGUUUCAGUACGGAUACGGUGGUUUUGGACUCAGCCUCUCGCCCUUCUUUGCGGCCCCUUAUUUGUGCUUCAUAGCACAUUAUGGAGGGGUAUUUGCUGUGCCUAACAUCCGAGGGGGUGGAGAGUAUGGAGAAGGAUGGCAUUUAGCAGGCAGCUUGGAGAAAAAACAGAACGGGCUUGACGACUUUCAGUACGCUACCAAAUAUCUGAUUGCCAAUCGGUAUGUGGCUCCCGACAAGGUGACCAUCAUGGGUGGCAGGGUCGGUGGUCUCUUGGUGGCCGCCUGCGUCAACCAGGCCCCGGAGCUCUAUGGAGCUGCCAUUGCCGAGGCGGGAGUAUUUGAUAUGCUAAGGUUCCAGCGGUUCAAGAUUGGACGGGAUUGGGUCUCUGAAUAUGGAAACCCAGACGACCCCGAGGCGUUCGACUACUUGAUCAAAUAUUCCCCUUUGCAUAACAUCAACCCAGCCGCUCAUUAUCCGGCUCUUUUGCUCAUCACAGCGGACCGUGACAAUCAGGCUGUUCCUUCACACAGCUUCAAGUACGCAGCUGCCGUCCAACACGCUCUCCCGAUGAAUAAACAACCUUGCCUUUUGAGGGUCGAGAUGAACGCGGCUCAUGGAGACGAGGAGAAUAUCGAGAUGGAGAUCAAUACCAUGGUCGACCAAUUCAGCUUCAUUGCCCUCAGUCUUAGCUUAGAGUGGAAGGAGUACAACGGAGAAAGAGCAUCUUGA